CUGCACAGCUCGCGAGUCAACUUUUUUGUUGAAUGAGUUGAAAAAUAAUCACAAAUUUGCACUAAAAUAAACCUUGUUUCGCAGUAUCUCGUUGCCUUAUCAGUGCGGUUCAGGUAUAGUGAGCUCUGCGCCUGUGUCGGUUCAAUAUCUUAAUUUUCUUUCAAUUUUUUAAGCGUUUUUCCCAACUUGCAUUACCUCUGUCGUUGAUAAAAUAUUGGCAGUAUGGGCUGCAUCGCAUCUUUGCCUGUGCCAAAAGUAAUGUCUCGGCGUCGUAAGUACUCGCGAAUUUUGACCGGAAAGGAAUCCUCGUCAAGAAGAAAGAUGAGGAGCCCUGGUUUGGUGUGGACAGUUAUUCUGGUGCUGGUGAUUUUCUCCUUAUUUGUCAGUGUGUUGUACUACAGAAGUAGUUCGGAAGACGAAGCUACAAUUCUUCCAGACCCCGAUCAUGAGCAAAGCCCUUCUCCUACCCCCAUGGGCACUUUUAAGGAAGCUGCUGUCGUCACCAACGCAGCAGUAUGUGCUCCUGUCGCAAGAAAUAUUCUGAAAAGAGGUGGAAAUGCAAUCGACGGGAUAAUUGCAGCAGCUGUGUGCGAUGGUGUAGUUUUCCCACAAAAUACAGGGCUAGGUGGCGGUUUUGUAAUGGUUUACUACAACAAGGCUGAAAAUAAAGUCUAUUCAGUCAAUGCCCGAGAAAUGGCCCCUGGUGCAGCAACAGAAGACAUGUUCCACGGAGACAAGGACAUUUCUCAGAGAGGUGGUCUAUCAAUUGCAGUUCCAGGAGAGUUAAAAGGCUUUUGGGAAAUUCACAAGAAGUUCGGAAAAUUAAAUUGGAGUGAACUUUUCAACGAAACGAUCAAUUACUGCCGGAAUGGAUUCCCUGUCACAAAAUAUCUAGCGGAACAUGCUAGGAACUAUGCUCCCAAAUAUGAAAAAUUUACGCUUUUGAAAGAAAUGCUGACAAAUCCCGAAACAGGGAAGCUCUAUGAAGAAGGGGAGUUAAUGCGGCGCUCCAAACUAGCAGAUACUUUGGAAAUUUUCCAGAAGGAAGGUGGUGAUGCACUGUAUACAGGAUCAUUGUCACAAUGUUUUCUCCAAGAUUUGAAAAAUGCAGGCAGCAUUAUUACCGCAGAUGAUUUAGCCAAGUACACGGUUCACAUUCAAGAAACUCCAACGUAUGCUUCUCUAAAAGACAAUAUGACAGUGUAUGGAGUUCCUCUACCUGCCUCUGGGCCCAUCGCAACAUAUAUCCUCUCCAUACUAGACGCUCUGCUUCCUGGUGAAGAUCUCCCCACAGACUUUACAAAAAUUGCUGAAGCAUUCAAAUUUGGUUACGGUCGGCGAUCAGAAUUCGGUGAUCCUGAGUUUGUUGAUGUUAAAAACAUUCUCUCUCGAAUGAAUGAUCCAAAACAUAUCGAAGAAGUACGGAAGCACAUUUUAAAAAUGGAGACCUCUCAAGACCCAGUUUUCUACGGUGGCAAUUUCUCUUUUGUAGAAGAUCACGGAACAGGAAACAUGGUUGUACUUGAUCCCAAUGGAGAUGCUGUUGUUAUGACUAGCACUGUCAAUUUAAUUUUCGGAAGUUUUGUUGUGUCGCCUUGUACUGGAAUCGUUUUGAAUGAUGAAAUGGAUGAUUUUUCUUCACCAUCCAUCAUCAACUAUUUUACUCUGCCUCCAUCGCCAGCAAACUUUAUAAGACCCUACAAACGACCCAUGUCUUCCAUGAGUCCGCUGAUUGUUUUGGACAAGAAUCGUGAUGUGCGACUUGCUGCUGGUUCUGCGGGAGGCUCAAAAAUCACAACUGCUACCUCUCUGGUCACAAUCUUGAAUCUGUGGUACAAUAAAACCAUCAAAGAAGCCGUUGAUUACCGGCGUAUUCAUCACCAGCUGUAUCCCAUGCAUGUCAGUUAUGAAUUCGGACUCAUGCGAAGCAUUGUAGAAGCAAUGAAGAAGGCAGGUCACAAGCUUGAUCGAUUAACAGACGGAUCGCAUUUCGGAACUGCAGUGACAGCAUUAGCCAAAAAAGACGGUCUAAUAACUACUUCCUUUGAUUUUCGAAGAGUCGGAGGUUGGGCAGGUUUUUAAGUGCCCAAAUCUUGCGGUCUCGUACUUUGUACCUGCGUGCUGUGAACUGUGAUUUCAUUCAUUCCAUUUCUAAGCGUAUUUUUUGUACAAAAAUCUCUUUAAUUCCGGCCAAGAAUGUUCUGACGCUGUCAUCUUGUUUUCUUGCGUCCUUUAGACAGCUUUUCAUUAAUUUUGAAAGGAAAAUGACAAAUGACAUGUACCAUUUCUUUUGUACAAAAAAUUCGCCUCAUACUUUUCAUGUUAUUUAUAUUUUUUCCCCCUUAGUCCUAUGUUUAUGUUUUAAGUUUAAACAUUCCUUUGUUCAACAUUUCAUCCUUGUCAGGCCUGAGAAGUCCUUUGAAUAGACUUUGUAUUAGCAUGAAGGUCUUCAUGAGGAAACUGAUUGAAUCAGAUCUUGACUUAAGUCCUCUCAGUUGUAAGACUGCACUCUGAUUUCCUAUAUGUAUAUCAUAUUGUUCUUUGUUAAGUAAAACAGCUCUUAUUUUUUUUUUUUUUUUUUUUUUUUUUUUUUUUACAGUCAGUUUGGUCAAAGCUAACCAUAAGGCUGUUUUCAUCCAUCAUUCAUAAAACUUGUCACUAAACUGUUUAGAUAAUUUGUCCUUGAGGGACGUUUUUAUUCGCUGGAAAAAGAACAAAGUAUUUUUUAAAAACCCUCUUUUGAGAGAGAGAAGGGAUUAAAUAUUUAUCAGUCCAAGUUUGUUCACUCGUAAUUAGCCUAAAAGAGACGAAACCAAAGAAAACAGCCUUUCAUAUUGAUGUUUUGUCCUUGUCUCAUGUAGACCUAAAUUUUUUUUUUUUAUAAUUUAUUUUAAACUUGUUAGGAGUGAGUAGAUUGAAGCUGUUGAUGCUUUUUUUCCGAAUCAGAAAAGCUGUUAAAUGUGAGGAGGUUAUUUUUAAAAAUCAACCUUUAAAAAAAAUGUCGGUCAUAGAUGAGGUAGGUAUGAAUCACACAAAACAUCACACAAAAUAUUUUCUCCUCAAAUGUUUGCCUUAAAAUCAAUUAACAUCACAAGUGGCUUUAACAUUGAUCUUGAAAUUACUGAUCCAUAUUGAUCGCAAACAAAAUGCCAAAACUGGCAUGAGACAAUCUUUUUUUGCUGAUUGCUUGGUAGGAAACUCCGGUCAUUUAAGAGUUGCGCAUUUGUCAAUCUUUAACCUUUUGGUGAGACCAGAUGUAACAUAGUCUUUAAAUUCAUACCAUACCUCUUUGUAUUUUUGUUUCUUUUAUAAGACUCAUGAUUGAUACCUCGAAAAGGAAGAAUUUACGAAAACAACUAGCCAACGCACAGCUUCAAUCAUACUUACUGAGGGAUACUGAGAAUAGGAGGCAUUUAUCACGAAUUGUUUUGUUCCUGAGUUUUUAUCAAAGUGUCACUCUAGUGUGUUAUAUUGCUGUUUUUGAAGUGCAAUAGAAUGCUAGAAAAUAAUGUAUUUAAUUUUUUUACUGGAAGACACUCUUUGUGAUAAAAGAGAGCGCAUUUUUAGUAAGGACCAUUUGCUGUAAAGACCAAAAACGGAGAACUGUCUCAAAUUUGGCCAUGCUGGAUGUUGUUAAACAUAAUUUUUAGUUUACCCUAACAAAUUCACUUCUCAUAGCUUACGUUUAGCUAUUUUACAUGCCAAAAAAUAUUUCAGAUGGCUAGGUUUUAUUGCACGAAAAAUUUCGGUUUUCUUGUUUUUUAUAUUGGCAAUAGAUUCUAACAUUUUGAUUAAAUCUUUGUUUUGACCUGUCAUUUCAGGUCAAUUUUAACCACGGAAAUUAUAAUAUUUUCACUUUUAUUCUUACAAUCCCUAAAUCUAUAAAAAAAAGCAUGUGUGUCAUCUUCCAAACUUUUGAAACCUGAAAUUUCUUGCUUGUCUUCAUUACUUAAGCAGUGAAAAAGUGAGUUGAGUGUUAACCAAAUAGAUUGUUUAAAAAUUUGGUUUAAAUAUUUUUAAUUCACCAAAGACAGAAAUAAAAAAAAAUAUUUUUAUGGCCAUUAUCUUGUCAAGUAAGCAAAAUUCCUCCUUUUUAGAUGUUUUAAAAGUCAUCCUUAUUUUAGUGUACAUUUUUUGUAUGAUAUCGCGUCAAUGUGUGCAGUAAGUAACAAUUUGACUCUGAAAUGUUUUAUUAACAUAUGCAACCGCACAACCAACUCAGAUUCGGAAAAUUCUAGGAGAAAAAACACUUUGGCAAUGUGCAUUCAUGCAGUUUGCAACCCUCUGAAUAUUUUGACGAUAAAAACGAACAUCUCAUUAUCUUUGAAUCCUACAGCAUCUAAGUAACUUGAAAAGACAUCAGUGAUUUCAAAGUUGUUGAAGAAAUUUGUGCUUAUCAGCAUCAUUUAUAAUAAUGCAAUAUGUUGGAUUCUUAGCUACAAAUGCCGUAAGCUAUAAUGCAUUGCAUAGUAAAGUAACUUGACCUGGACCAUAGUUAAAUUGUUUCGACUGAUUAUGUACUAAAUUGAGAUAAUACAUAAAGAAUAAAAUAAAGUAAAAAGCUACAAUGCUUAAACCUCAAAGUGGUUUGAAGAAUGGCUCAGACUGUCAGUGCCAAGUGGCAUGAUCAGAGAACUGUCUACUCUAAGUAAAAGCUUUUUACCUCCAUAUUUGUAAGUGGAAAGCUCAUGUUAUCUCUUGAAUUGGACCCUGACUCACCUAAAAGCUUUAAAUCCAUACCUAUAAUAUUAUGAACCUAUGAAAAAUUGAAUAUGUGAUCAAAUCAUCUAAUUGUAGAUUAAUCGGUUGAUAACCGAUAGAACGGUUUUUGGCUAGCUUAAUGUGAGGGGUCGUCAGAGACUGUUUUUCUGCUAGUAGUUUUACUCACUGUGAUCUGUAUUUUGUUUCUUGUGCUUCUUUCAUGUUUGUAAAUUAUCUCAAGUGCGCUUAAAGUAAAUUUAGUAAUAUUAAGUCGUUAGUCAAUUGAUUUUUGUUAAUUUAGCCUAUUAAGGUUUAUUUCUCUUUCUCUGUUUCUUUUAUUUUUUUUUUAAAUCAUUGGGUUGUUUAGUUUUCUACUGUCUGUCCUCUAGCUUUUUUAGUUUUUUUGUGCUGUUUACUGUUGUUACCUCAUUUAUUACUGUCUUUGGUUUAAUCGUGUAUUAUUUUUUAAUGAAAAACAAUACACUGAAUUUUUGUUCCUCUAAUGUUUUUGAAAAAUAAAUCAUGAAAAUCAAAA